AUGGAGUUCUUAACAAGAUUUUUAGGUUUCAUGUCACUCUUCACCAGUUUGGUUUCUGGAUUUACUUUGCAAAAUCUUCCUCUUAUACAGUUCGACGAAGGUUACACACAGCUAUUCGGUGACCAGAAUCUGAUUGUCCACAGAGACGGAAAAUCUGUCCGGUUAACGCUUGAUGAGAGAACCGGUUCUGGAUUUGUCUCAAAUGAUAUCUACUUGCAUGGCUUCUUCAGUUCUUCAAUCAAAUUGCCAGCAGAUUACUCUGCUGGAGUUGUUAUCGCCUUCUAUUUGUCAAAUGGGGACAUGUAUGAGAAGAAUCAUGACGAGAUUGAUUUCGAGUUUUUGGGGAAUAUUAGAGGCAAAGAAUGGAGGAUUCAGACGAAUAUAUACGGCAAUGGAAGCACACAUUUGGGCAGAGAAGAAAGAUACAAUCUUUGGUUCGAUCCAACAGAGGAUUUCCAUCAAUACAGUAUCCUCUGGUCUCCUUCUCACAUCAUAUUUUUUGUGGACAAUGUUCCGAUCAGAGAAGUCAAACGCACGGCGUCAAUGGGCGGUGACUUCCCGGCGAAGCCAAUGUCUCUUUACGCAACCAUAUGGGAUGGCUCCAAAUGGGCAACCAACGGUGGCAAGUACGGUGUAAAUUACAAAUAUGCCCCUUACGUAGCUCAAUUCACCGAUAUGAUCCUCCACGGCUGCGCCAUCGACCCAACCGAGAAGUCUCCGAGCUGCGAAGACAGAGCGGUCGAGGAUCUCCGAGUUGCGUCGGAGAUAACUGAGACUCAGAGGAGCAAGAUGGAGAGUUUCCGGCGGAAACACAUGACUUACUCGUAUUGUUACGACCAUAUGAGGUACAAGGUGGUUUUGUCGGAAUGUGUGGUGAAUCCAGGAGAGGCUCAACGUCUCAGGGUCUAUGACCCGGUAACGUUCGGUGGGAUUCCUCACAGCCACCAUCAUGGGAAGCACCGGAGCAAGAUCCGGAUCGCCGGAACUCAGUCAAUAUGA